GUGCCCAGAAGUUUAGAAAAUACGUGUGGAUGUGCGGGUGUGUUUACGCGAGCUGCGCUCCUUUGUUUGUCAGGAUAUUUCUGGGAUUACGAGAUGGACUGAUUCGUAAAAAUUGUAGAGACAGCAGUCAACGACAUGGUUGCUUGUGACGUCAUCAGCGCUACGUUUUGGGGCGCAUGAGUGAACGGGAUCAAGAUGUGACCAUUGAUGUUGUGCAAUCCUCGCUUUCCUCGUCGCUGUCCCCUACUUACGUAACGUCGCAUGUGCAGUCAAAUCUUGUGAAGUCAAAUCUUGUGACGUCCGCAUCAGAACCCCUCGUUGCCUCUUCAGUCGAACCCAGCGACGCCAGUCGAUUUGAAGCUGAAAUUGAUAUCGGAGAAUUUCAUGGACAAAGCAAACACAAUGCGCCUAUUCAUACGCCAAAACCGCAUUUUGACUCUUUCGCUCAAUUUGAAACGUGCGACGCUACCCCCAGCAGCGCUCAGCGUGAUACGUAUCUAACCAGUGUAGUUCCUUUUUCUAGUAGCUCUUAUAUUGCUUCAAAUGAAGACAAGAAUGCUAAUUCUGACCUUAAUAUACAUGAGCUACAUAUCGUAAACCGAGCUAAGCUUAAUACGAGUUGCGCUACCCCUUGUGAUGUUGAAUCAGUAAGCUCUGUUAAUGUUCUUCCUGAUAUUUGCUUGGUGACAAGGACAGGUAAUACAGGUUUAAAAUGUGGCCCAAAUGCUCUUAAACCGGUUUACAGUGUAAACGCAAUUGGUAUUAUAUCGGACAUAAUAACUAGUCCAGGUGAGAUAAAACAUUCAUGUGCAACGGCGGAGGAAAUUCAUAGUGGGGUUAAGAAUUUUCAGACCGUUCCUUUCAAUGUUCCUAUUGAUAAAGCAUACAAAUUAAACAAUAUUCUAGAAACUGGUCUUGGGAAUUUCAAUUUGUUUGGCGACGAUCAUUGUGAUAAAUAUUUCGAAACUCAUUAUGACAAUCUAUUUAGUCAAGUUCGGCAUAAUGAAGCCAAUAAAGUAAACGGCGAUAUAUUCACUAAUUAUUCGAACUUAAAUGCCUGUCCAAACGAAUAUACCGACUCUAACAUACAGGACUCGCUCACUCCCACGGACAAUAAGUGGCCCAGUCGAAGUGCUAGAUCAGAGGCUGUCGAAUUAACACGACACAAUAUCGAAAUGGGUAAUCAGCAGCACACAGCUGUCAAAAACAUUCACAGUGACGACAAUAGUCCCGAUGAGACAAAGACCAAAUGCUGUGAAAUUCCGAAACGAAAGCUGAAAGAUCGGAAUGUUUCAAAUAAUCGUUCAAGCCGGAAUGAUGAUCUAUCGUUUGCCUCAAACGAGGUUUAUCCGUUUGAAAGACGCUCCCAUGCGGAUCAAGAACUUAACGAACCAGUUGAACUUGAACCUUUUGAUAUUGUAGAUACAGAUGAUAUAAGGUUUGUUCCUGGUGCCGGUACAUCUGAUGUAAUUAAAUCCGUGAGCGAUCCGAGGUUCACAACGAUUCCGGACUCACCAGAACAGAUUCCAUCCACCUCACAACUUGCAAAUGAGGAAACUCAAGCGCAAAGACGAUUUUACGUCGACAAAGGAGAUCGGUUACUUCAACCAGGUACAUCGACAGCUCAUUCAACAUUUGAAUUUAUGCAAGUUAAAGAAAGGGGCAAGACUAAAUAUAUAGGAAAUAUUGAAGAAAGACCACAAUCAGAACAUUUUGAUAAAGAAGAAACGGUUGUCUUAGGCGUAUCUGGGAUAAAUUGUGCAAUAGCGAAUUCAAAACCGGGGAAUAUAAGUAUUGAAGGGUACAGACAACUUUCAAAAGACGCAGUUCCGAUACCUGUUCGUAGGAACAACAAAGAAGAAAAAGCCAGCAAACGUUUAAGUAAACCUAAUCCGGAUCAAGAUAAAGAGUUUUCAGAGCCACCAACGACAAUAAAAGUGACAGGAAAUGCAACAAUUCGUCAUAGUGAAGUCGUUAGAAAUAUUGAUAACGUUCUCAUGUUAACACAAACGAUGUUUAGUAAAAAGAAUGAUUUUGAAGAAAUAGCAAGAGAAAAGACACCUAAUGAUAACAAAAGCGCCGAGUUAGUUAAAUGUGAAUACGAGAAUGUUAAUGUUGGGGUUAAACUGGAGGCCUCUGGCUUAUCUAUUACUCAUAAAGACAAUCAGAAAAAGGGCGAACAUAAACUAAAGGCUGAUAGCCACGAUAAUACCGAUCAUAUUAAAGAAGCAAUAGUUUUUACAAAAGGACUGCCAUCCGAAGAAAAUGAUAUAGCUAAGGGAACUAGAUAUGAAAAUAUAGGAAGAUGUGUAAAACUGGAAAAAUCUGGAAUAUCUAUCACCCACAAGCCAGACAAUACACAACAACAGAAGAUGAUUGAGAAAAAGGCCAAAAAGCCAUCAAACAUUAAAAAUGAAUCUCAGCUGCGCCGAGAGCGGAAGACGUCAGAUGACAAGGAACUUGUCGCGAUUCGUCAAGAUAAAGUUAUUCUAGAUAACAAAAAUGUUGAAGAACAGUUUGGUAAACCAACCAGUACAUCUCAGGCAGAAGUGAGAAAAUGCCAAAGCGAGUAUAAGAGAAUUCGAAAGUCCGCUGACAAAGAAUUCGUUGAACUUCAGCAGGAAGGCAAAUACAAUGACGGGAUACUUCAUAUUUCGGAUAGUGGUACACUCAUCAUUAAAUCUUUACCAAAACCUCCGUCGCAUGCACCUUCAAGUGAACCAGGUGAAAACCAUUACUAUGAAAAUGAUUUUAUUGACAAAGAACAAACUGACAUAAAGGUUCCAAUGGAAAAUACUUACGAAGAAACGGCGUGCAUUCCUUUUUCAAACAUCGAGAACGACAAAGAAAAGGAGAAAAUGAAAAAAAGUCAAAAUGACAAAACUGACGACAGUGAAAGCGUUCCGCCACCUUCUCCGCUUCGAAUGGAAUGUUUCGAAGAGGAAGACGAGUAUAUUGAAGAGAACGAAGAAAUAUUUGACGAAGAAGAAAAGCGGAGAAGCUUAGAAAUGUUUGAGUUUACCGAACAUAUUUGUAAGCGACUUUCACAGCUUCUGGAGAACUCACAAACUGUUUCUGAGAACGACGGAAAUGAAGAUUACUUAUUUGAAAGUGGGCGAUACCCUAAAAACAAUGCCACUGUAAGAUCUGACAGAAUUGGAAACGUCCAUAAAGCAAUAAAUGAUGAUGACUAUGACAAUAAUACUCUUGAUGAUGAAAGCAAACGUUUGUUAAAAGCGGGGCUGGAUAUGUCAGAAGAAACUAGUCUUACUUGUCCAGUUAGAAACGAAUCUACAAGUACUUUGACACAAACAUCUGGAGAUUCGGAAAUGUUUAAAGAUAUGGCAAAUGAUGGCGAAGAUGACGGGAUGCCCGAAUAUUUCGACCCUCGUAAGAACACAAUAAGACCAAUCAUUUCUAAUGAUCGGUUGGUUAUAGAAAAUGAUAAAAACAGUUUUGCUUCAUUGGGUAACGACAAUAUUUCAUUAGAUGACACAUUAACGUCUGUUUCGACUCUGGAUGCAUCAUCAUUUUCUUCUGAUAACAAAAGUGGGCAAACGGUGGUUACUCUAAACGACAGAAAUGUAAACUAUGACAAUGUGACACCGACAGGAACAGUAAAUGAAGCAAUGACGCUACCUUUACGGGCAAUAGAGUCGGGUAUUGUUAUAAAAUCUUCCUCUGCCACCUUUUUUGACGAUCCGUGUGAUAAUACACCGACAGGAGAAUCCCAUUCAAAGUUCACUGCGUUGAUAGAAAUGACAACUGCGAAACAAGUGGAUGCGUUGCUGCAGUUUGAAACCUCAGGUCGACAGUCAGUCACGUGCACGGAAUCUGACCUUGACACCUCUGAACAUCGGGACGACAUGAGCACAGAUAGCAUGCUCGCUGACGACGAGGACGAAGAGACUAUGGAGAUUCUUUUCACCAAGACGUACACAGAGCCUAUAGAAGGCAAUGAGGUGUUCCUAAGUUGUACCGUGGUGAACAGCUCGUUCAAGGACAGUCCUGUAGACAAAGGAAAACGGGACAGCAAGAAAAAAAGCGAUACGUGGCUUUCGGACGAUGCUUUGGAGUAUUUCGAGGCCAAUGCUUCUGAGGUAAUGUCAACAGCAUUUUUAAAAGCAAAGAAGGAGAUGAAGGAUAUUCAAAUGUGCCUUCAAGGACUUCGAAGGCAGAUGGAGCAUUUUCACAGCGAUGCGGAAGACAAGGCGCAUCAAGACUUUGAUUAUCUAUCCCCGGACUAUUUCGGUUUGCCGAGGAAAGCCAUAACUGAUUGAUUGCGUAAUAGUCUCAAAGAAGGAAAUGUUUCAUUCGAGUGAAUUAAUGUAUAAGGUGUACUUGAACGCAAGAGAUUUAAAUUAUUAAAUGAGAACGUUAUAAUUUCUAACUCUAUUAACUAAUUUGACGAAUUGCAAAGAAAAGAAACAUUUGUUAUUCAUAAACGUAAUUAUUUCCUCAUUAAUUAUAUGUUUCAUAAAACUUCAAGACUGUGUAUAACUGAUUGUUGAAAUGGAUUAUUGUUUGCUCAAUAUUGUCAAUCAAAUUAAAUAUUGCAAUGUCAGCCACAUUUCAAUUGGUCAUUUUUCAUACAUUGAUCAAAUUUGAGCUUUUUAGCAUGUAGUUAUAGGAAAACGAUGUUAACUUUUUCUGUUUGUAUCGAUGUCUUUAGCCCACCAUGUGCUAAUUGUUAGCUAUUUUGUCAACCUAUUUCCGGCUGCAGGAUUUGCGCAUUGUGAAAAAUGCAUCGUGUGUCGUCAUAUUUCAGAUCGUUAUCUCUCCACAGGCCGCAUUUUUAUUAAUGAAACGUGCUCAAGAAGUUAAUCUCGACAAUAUACAAGACAAGUAUGCAUCUGGGUCAUGCGCUUUCAAAUCGCUUGGGCACUAGGUCGAAUCUAAGAAAGACUUCGUUAUAAUUAUAGGAGCCACAUGUAUGGCUCAAUCUUGAUAAAACUUGGUGGGACUUUUUAUCUGGACAAAAUAGAGGCCAAAUUGAAUCUUGGUCACUUGCGUGCAAAGAACAAGGUUAGCAGAUUUAAUGUUUUUAUCACUAUGGAAGGAACAUCUAUGAUACAUUAUUGAUGAAACUUGGUUAUAAUGUUUAGCAUGACACCAUCUUGAUUGAGUUCGAUUCUGAAUAAUGUGCAUCAAAAAACUAGGUCAUCAGGCAAGUUCUUAGAAAGCCCAUACUACAUCUCUUGAGGCCUCAUUUAUGACUAAAUAUUGAAAACAUGUAGGCUUAGUUCGAAUCAGGGUCACGUGUAUUCUAUCAUUAACUUAUAUUGCCUUAGGCAUUCACAUGCAAAAUAGUUCGUAUCCUUAUGUAGGCUUAUGUUUAAUCAAUAUUCUCUGUUUACACAAGCUCUGCUUAUGUCUUCAAAUAUAACUAUUUUCGAGUAUGCAGUUGAGAUAUUCAUGACAUUUUUAAAUGUUAAAAUCUACAUACUUGUUAUUUAAUUAGAAUGCCAUGAAUGUAUAUUUAUUAUAUAGAACGUGUAUACAUUCACAAUUAUAACCGAAAAAGUAAAUUUCUGCUUCAUUUUGAAAAAAUUAUCCCUUAUUCUCAUAGUAUCGGCCCUCAUCAUCGUAUCUUGCCUUUUACGAAAACCCAUCAAAAAGUUCUGGACAGUAAAUGUUUUUCCAUUUUCAAAGGAUUUAAUUUAUUUGCUGUUUAUUAAGAAUUAGUAAGACGAUCUUUCUAAUGAUUUCCGGUUUUCAUUUGAAAGUAGGUCAUGUUUAUUUCAGGCCAUUAUUAUGAUUACACACAAUUGUGUUAGUUCGUUUUUGGUUUAUUAGUAGGUUUAUCAAAUGUUGUAUAGGCCGCUAAUUUGUGAAAAAUUAUUAUUAAAGAGAAACAUUAACAAGAGUUUCGUUUUCCAUUAAGAAACUAUUGAUAGAAAAAGAACAUGCGCAUAAUUACAAACCUUUGCAACCAAUCAGAAGGGCAGAUAUUGUGAGAAACUGUGUACAUGAUACUGAUUACUACAUGGAGCUUAGUUUCGUCAGUAUUUUGGUAAAACAUAACCGAUUUCGAUGCGAUGUUUUGUAACAGAAUACAAAUUAAGCUAUAGAUUGACUUAGUAAACAUGUAUGUUUUUCAAUCUUUUCUUUUAAAAUAUUUAGCUGUUUUCAUUUGAGGGCCGAUACUAUGGAUACACAUGCUAAUUUAUAGUUGUAAAAUUAAGAAACACCAUUAAACAUAUUCAUGAAACAUUUACUUUAAAAUCACGUUCAUUCUUUCGACAUUUAUUAAUGUUGAUUUCGUGCUUGACCGGUUCUUGAAUUUACCACAUUUUUUUUCUAAAAUCAGAAAUCUACGAUUUAUCGUGUCCACGAACAGUCUGUUUUUUUUUUAAAACCUCGCAAUUUCAUGCCGACGAUAAUAAAUGAUUUGACAUUGUUUGUAAUUGCAAAUCCGCGUAAUUAGUUUUACUACUCAAUAUGGACUGAUUAUAAAUACAAUAAAAUAUAGUUUUAUAUGUUAAACCGCAUGAGUUAAUUAAGGACAAGUUUAAUUAUAGCCAUUGCUAUGAAUUAAAGGGGUAUCCUAGAAUCUCUAUGACGGAAUGAGCGUUUGAAUUUGUGUUAGUCGGUCCGUCCAAACAGGCGCAACAUUUUUUAGGAGGCUUACUUGUACAUUUUAAAACAUACAGCAUUCAAACUUGCUUGUUUUUGCUUACGGUAUUAAGUUUUGUUUAUGUGAUAUUUAUCAUCCUUCGUUGAGAAUUAUAAAAAGUAUGUCCCUUUUUUAGCUUCGACAACCUAUAGGAGCAUGAUUAUUAAUAUGCACUACAAGAUAAUAAACUUAUAAGAGACUAUAGAUUCACAUGUGUUAUAUAUAGUUUGAAACAUUGUGUAAUUAUCAUUUAUAAUUUCUAUCAAGUAAUUCCCCUAGGGUAAAAAAAAACAUACACAUGAGGUAACGUUGGUAAGGAACACUUAAAUAGCAAAAUAACUCGCACAUUCUUUUGUUUACGUGCUAUCUCCUCUAAUGUUAUUAAAUUUAACAUCAUUUAACAUUUCUUUGGAAACGUUUUCAUUUUAUUAGAAAUAAGUAUAGUCAAGCAGAACUGAAUAUAUCAACCAUGUCUGCGUAUAUAUACAAUCGAAAUUGUUAGUUGUUAAAAUGAUAGUGUUCUCUAUUUGUAAAAAUUAACCUUAGAUGACAAGUCCUUUGACAUGUAUUGAUAUUAUUAGAAAUGUGCACUAGAAUUAGCGGAGUCAAUAAGAAUGUUUGUUGCAUUUAUGUGCAAAUAUUUCGAAAAACGAUAUAUUUAUUCUCUGAUGUUUACGGUAUUUUGUAUAUAUUGAUACAUUAGUCAUAGCGGCACGUAUUUUCAAUUGUAUCUUUAUAAACGAUGACAUUAUAUUUCACUUUAUUCACUAUGAGUUUUGUGCAUUGUUUAUCAUCUAUUUUUAGUUCUUCUGAACGAUGUUUUAUAUAAUAAUAUACGGACUGAAAAUAAAACUCAAAUUGUUCGUGAUACAAAU